AACUGAUGAAGGAUCCUCACGGGAUGUUGGAGCGCAAAGGGAAGCGAGUGUCUGGAUCAAACACCCUUGCACCGCGGGAUACACUGCCUGUAUAUAUAUAUUUGUGUUUGAUUUCCUACCGUGUCUCAGUAUAAAGGAUGUGAAAUCUCUACGGUCAGAAUACGGCUAUGAAACUUUCUGACAGUCAACGGAAAGUGAGCAGCAUCAUGGCGGGAUUCCACUUGCUGUUCACGGUGGUCCUGGGCCACGUGCUGGGCUCUCUACCUGCCACCAGCCCUCCACACCUGCCCUCUCCGUGCCUGGUGGUGAGUCUAACCAAUGAGCACGCCAGCGCCAGCCCUGGGGACGACAAGGAAGUGUUCUGCGACGGCCGGAACUUAAGAAGUGCACCCGCUGACCUCCCGCUGGGGAUCCAGAAGCUGGAUCUAUCCCGUAACAUUUUCCAAAACCUCACCCGGGAAACGUUGGCGAUUCAACCCACCAUCCAUCAUCUGAAUCUUCGUUCCAACAAGAUUCUGUUCAUCGAAAGAGGUUUAUUCAAGGGAAUGAAGCAUCUCAAAUUCCUAGAUCUGUCCAAGAACUCCCUAGAUGUCUUCGCCAUGUCGAAAUCAAGCAUCGGAAAACUAGGAGCUGUGGAGUCGCUCGAUCUUUCAGGCAAUGGGCUUCACACAGGGAUGACCAAGUACUUCCUCAGAGACUCGUCGUCACUGGUUAACCUCUCGCUAAAUAGCAACAGUCUCACCAAAAUAGCGAAAGACACCUUUACUGGCUCUCCGUCUUUGAGGAAAGUCAGCCUGCACAACAAUGUCAUCCUCGAGAUUGAAGAUGGUGCAUUCAAUGUGUUGUUCUGUCUGACAGAACUUGAUCUGUCCAAAAACUCCAUCACUUGCAUCACAGACUUUGAUCUUUCUCAGUUACAAAUACUCAAUCUCAGUAAAAACAGCUUAGAGGCUUUCCAGACCGUAUACUCAGAUUCAGACUAUGAGCUUGUCUCCCUUGACCUGAGCCAAAACAAAAUCCAUUAUUUCCCUCUGGUUCCCAGGAGGAACAAGCUUGCAUACUUGGACAUUUCACGGAACCAGCUCCAGGGUGUCAAUACUACGGGAACAGCAGAGGAAAUAGGAAAUUUCAGGGAGCAGUCCUUGGCUCACAAUGAAUCUGGCCAAUACCUCAUGCAUCAGGACUUCCCAAGUCUGAACUACCUUGAUCUCAGCUACAACCAAAUGAAAACCAUACCGCAGUCCUUUUUCAACAGUAUGGUACAGCUGGAGCACCUUAACAUAAGCAAUAACUGUAUUGGGUCAUUUCUUGUUGAGGAAGAAAACGGUCUGAAUAAUUUGAAGGUUUUAGAUCUUAGCUAUAAUUCCUUGCGGGACAUGUCGUUUGGUAAAAACACUCUGUUGGCACUGGAAGAGCUCUUUUUACAAGGAAACCUUCUCACCACCAUAGAGCCCCACACUUUUCAAGGACGACCUAGACUCAAAUACCUGCUACUGCAGCAGAAUAAUCUACACAUUUGCCCAUCGAAUGCAGAAUCAUCCUUCAGCAACAAUCACAAACAUCAUCAAGGCUGUGUUGCAUUUUCCUCAAUUCCGACCUUGCGGCAUCUGUAUCUCUCAGAAAACCACCUGAAGGUACUGCCCAACAACGCCUUUGAGGACACGCCCCUGACGCUGCUCGACCUGUCACUAAACCCAGGCUUGGUAGUCGGCCUGAACGCCUUUUCUGGCCUAGAGGACUCCCUGGUGCACCUGUUGCUCCAGGAGAACCACAUCUCCAGGCUAGACGUGGACCUGUCCUCCUUGAACCAUCUCAAACUGGUGGACCUGUCGACCAACCGGCUGUCAAUGCUGCCCUCGUGGAACAAGGAGUCGUCCAUCGAGUCCCUCAACCUGGGCAACAACCACCUGGUCACGCUGGAGUACAACGCCCUGGUGGCUCUGGGGAGCUCGCUCAAGACCCUGUACAUGGGCUCCAACCCGCUCAGCUGCUGCAGCAACCUCCGCUUCUUCCAACUGAUGCAGCACUCCACCGUGGAUGUGCCAGACAUCGCGACCGUCACCUGCGUGCAUAAGCAGGACUCAGAGCCCAUCAACAUAGUGCGAGUGACGGAGGAGAUGUGCCACUCGCUGGACAACAGCAGCAGGAGCCUGACCAUCCUGGCGAUUCUAGGCGCUGCGCUGGCGUUGGUGGUUGCUCUGGGGUUUCUGGCCAAGGUGUGUUACAACAGGAGGCAUACAAACAGCAGCACCUUCAACGCUUAACAUGGGAACAUGGAGAUGGAAAGUGGACACACAUCAUUCACAGCAUUUUACAAGGACAUUUCUUUUUCAAAAACAGACCAACAGAACACUAAUAAAUAUGCUAGGAGGAUAUAUUUUUUUAUGAAUGAACUGAACAUAUGAAGAAAUGGACUGUGAAGAACAUUUGUUUGGAAGACAAGGUCCAGGCAGAAGCACCUUGUUUGAAUAUCGUUGCUCUUAUUGUCAUUGUGGCUUUUCUUUGUUAUUGACUUUGCACUUUAAUUCCCUAUCUGCAUUUGCAUUUCUUUUGUCUCUUAUUCUGUGAUGUUGCCCGUAUAUGAAAACACUACACAACCAUGUAUGCUGCCUGGGCAACUCCGCAAAGAAAGGGAAAUGCCUAAAGACUGAUUUUAUUGUUAUUAUUUAUAUUGCAAAAUAAAUGGCAGUAAAUGUGAGUUAACAUGACGACUCUUCAGCAUAAUGUUUAUUUUAUAUAGAACAUUUUAUUUAAAACAAGAAGGAGUAUAGAGCCAUAUUGAAAGCAGCGUAUGUUAUUUUGGUUGCCAAGCAAAUGUUUGAGUGGUUGUGGGUGAGGAUUGGGGGGGGGGGGGGGGAUUACUGCUUUAAUAGCUGUGCUGUAAACAAUCACGUGAAAUAUGAAGUUAUGUUUCCAUGAAUGUGCCUGGUAAGACACUGCAUAACAGCUUUGACAAAAGGGUAAUAUUUCAUAAAGUAUGAAGCCUAUGUUGUUGUCAGUUUUAACUCAGUGAGAUAUCUUUCCGUAAAAUGAAGUACAUUGAUAGAGCACUUUCAGCAUGGAGGGACUAGCUGAGAAUUUUAUUGAAAUGCAAUAUUUUGCAAAUGAAUGACGAUGAAGACAAUAAAGGUUACACUUUAAAACACGCAUUACAAA